UUCCAGGUUCACCCAAAACAAAAGACACUUCAACAGUUCACACCCCACUAAAAAAAGAGGCUUCAUCUAUUGAGAUCUCAAUUGACAACCAGAAACCUGCAAUUGUUCAAAAGUCAGUGGAGCAAUCAGCGACACCUACAACCAAGCAGAACGAAACUGUUCAACCUUUACAGCAGCCAGAAAAUCAAAUGCCUGCAUGGGAACAGCUGGCUACACAGCCCCUGCCUCAAGUACAGCCUCAGGAAACUCCAAAGCCAGACCCUAAAAUCACUUCCCCAAAGCAGCAGCCUGGGAAACCAGCCAAUCCAACACCUGCUCAGAAGUCACCACAGAACCCAAAAACAUCAGAACCUCAGACACCACCACAGCAGCCCAGACUUCCUGGGCGUAGGCAGAGUAGUGCCAUCUUAGCAACACAGCAACCCCCCAAGCAGGACUCAGGAGGCUUAUUUGACUUUGGUGGUCCCAAAUCUCAGUCUACCCCUUCAAAACCUGAAGAGUCUGUGUCUGGGAAGAUGUUUGGCUUUGGCUCCUCCAUAUUCAGCUCCACAUCCACUUUGAUCACCUCAGCUGUUCAGGAUGAGCCCCGCAUCAUAUUACCAGCUUCCCCCAAGGUGUCUGCACCGGCCUCUCCCAAGAUGCCGCCUACAAAGGAGAUAAAACCACUUGCUGUUCCGAAUGCAGAAAAGAAAGCAGAGCAACCCCAGCAGGCCAAGAUCCCCCCAUCAGUACAGGCCAAAGUGGACAAACCCCCAUCAGAACCUCAAAAGGGAGCAGCAUCCUCCCAACCAGCUCCCAAAGCACACCAGUCCACUUGUCCACUCUGCAAGGUGGAACUCAACAUGGGAUCCAAGGACCCUCCCAACUACAACACCUGCACUGUAUGCAAGAACACUGUUUGCAACCUCUGUGGAUUCAAGCUCAUGCCGAAUGUUACAGAGGUGAAGGAGUGGCUGUGUCUGAACUGUCAGAUGCAGAGAGCACUAGGAGGAAUGGAAUCUCCUGGACCUCCCAUGAUGAAACCCUCGCCAAGCAAAGUCUCCACAUCUGCUGCUCCUCAAAAAUACACUGUCGCACCUGUUACAACUCGAAAUGAGACUCCCACACCAGCUGGUCAACAAAAAGCGGCUCCUACACCAGUCUCACCCAGAAAAGAGCAAGUGACUUCAGCCUCUCAGCCCGCUCCCUCAAAGCCGACAGAGUCAGUGUCCGGGAAGAUGUUUGGUUUUGGUUCCUCUAUCUUCAGCUCUGCAUCCACUUUGAUCACCUCAACUGUUCAGGAUGAGCCCCGCACCACACCGCCAGCUUCUCCCAAGUUUGCUGUACCUGUUGGACCUAAACAGAAGGAGACUCCCAGACCUGCUGGUCCCAAAAAGUGGGCCAUAAAACAGCCUCACCCAAAAAGGUGUCAAUGACUCCUGCUUCAGAGAAAGACAACAAGACCCCAGCACCAGGCUCACCACAGAAGGAGGCAUCUCCAGCAAUGGCUUCACAGCAGGACCAGAAGCCAGUGGACAAACCAACUACAACCCUUGUCCAACAACCUAGACAGCAGAAGACUCCACAACAACAAGGCCAGCCUCCUCGGCCCCUAGCAACGACACUGAAAGCAGAGCCUUCGAAGCCUCAGCAACAGCUUCCAAAAGGUGGAGCCUCUAAUGCCAAAACUGUACCACCACCACAGUCCCAGCCCCCCAAGCAGGAGUCAGGAGGCUUCUUUGGCUUUCGUGGUGCUAAAUCUCAGCCUGCUCAGUCAAAGCCUGAAGAUUCUGUGUCUGGGAAGAUGUUUGGCUUUGGCACCUCUAUCUUUAGCUCUGCAUCUACUUUUAUCACCUCAGCUGUUCAGGAUGAGCCCCACACCACACCUCUAGCUUCCCCCAAGGUGUCUGCCCCUGUUGCACCUCAACAGAAGGAGACUCCCAGACCAGCUGGUCCCCAACAAGUGGCCCCUACAACAGCCUCACCCAAAAAGGAGUCAAUGCCUUCUGCUAUAUUGAAAGAGACCCCAGCACCAGGCUCAUCACAGAAGGAGGUAUCCCCGACAGUGGUUUACCAGCAGGACCAGAAGCCAGUGGAAAAACUGACUCCAACACUUGUCCAACAACCUCCACAACAGAAGACUCCACAACAACAAGAACAGCCUCAGCAGCACUCAGCAGGGGCACUAAAAUCAGAGCCUGAUAUAUCAAUAAUUGAAGCUGCUAAAGCAGCAUACAC